AUGCUUACAGCCACGAUGGAGUACGAUUCUUCUUUUCAAAUGUUUAAUUUUCUUCAGAUGUUGUGGUAUCUUAUUGACAUUCAUCGGAUUAUUUCUUGGAUUAAUAAUAAUGAAUUGGAUUAUUUAUCUUUUUUAUCGGGUUUAAAAUCAAAGACCAUAUUUUACGAGGUGAUGCUUGGCUUUGUUGGUGCUGCGCAACGUUUGUUGUGA